CGGCCUGCCGCGUGUUUGUUUUAAGCGGUCAAAAGAACGUUUUUUGGAUUACGGAAGGAGGAGGCUAUGGAAGGCAUCUUCUUUUUCCCUUCCUUCCCUUCCUUCUUUUCCCGGUUUCCACUGCCAUCCUCCUCCCUUUCAGCCUUCUACGGACUUGCCGGGUUUGUUUGCGAGUGAUAGGGCACUAUCGGUUGUUUACGACAUUUGCUUGACUCGCUGGCUCGAGUUUCCCUGCUUUGUAAACGAGACCUGUUGUCCUGCAUUUGUUUGGAAUUUUGAAAAAUGACCAAGGAAAACCUCAAGAUCUGCUGUAUCGGUGCGGGUUACGUUGGCGGGCCAACUUGCGCCGUAAUUGCAUACAAAUGCCCCACUGUCACAGUCACUAUCGUAGACCUAAACGAAGACCGUAUUGCUGCUUGGAACUCUGAUAACCUCCCUAUCUACGAGCCUGGUCUGGAUGAUGUAGUAUUCGCCUGCCGCGGACGGAAUCUAUUCUUCUCCUCUGAGGUUGACCAGGCUAUCCAAGAGGCGGAUUUGAUCUUUGUCUCUGUAAACACACCGACAAAAAAGUCGGGCAUCGGCGCUGGUUUCGCCGCUGACCUGGCUUAUGUCGAAUCAGCUACACGUCGCAUCGCUCAAGUAGCUACCAGCUCCAAAAUUGUCAUUGAAAAAUCAACUGUUCCCUGUCGCACAGCUGAAAGUAUGCGGGCCAUUCUCGAGGCAAAUUCUCGUGACGGAAUCCGCUUCGAUAUCCUGUCAAACCCAGAAUUCCUGGCAGAGGGGACAGCUAUUCCGGACUUGAUGUAUCCAGAUCGGGUCCUUAUCGGAUCGCUACAAACACCAGAAGGUAUCAAAGCACAAAAUGUUCUUGCAGACGUCUACGCAAACUGGGUUCCCAAGGAGAAAAUCAUCACAAUGGGCUUAUGGUCCUCGGAACUCUCCAAGCUCGCGGCAAACGCCCUCCUCGCUCAACGCAUCUCCAGCAUCAAUGCCCUUUCAGCCAUUUGCGAAGCAACAGGGGCAGACGUGGAUGAGGUUGCUUACGCAUGCGGUCUCGAUUCUCGUAUCGGCCCCAAAUUCCUCAAAGCCUCUGUAGGCUUCGGAGGAAGCUGUUUCCAAAAAGACAUCCUUAACCUUGUCUACCUCAGUGAAAGCUUGCACCUCCCUGAAGUUGCCGAAUAUUGGAAGCAAGUGGUCACCAUGAAUGAGUACCAGAAAUCUCGCUUCCUCGAACGCAUCGUCAAGCGCCUCUUUAAUACCCUUACAAACAAAAACUUGGCAGUGUUUGGUUUUGCAUUCAAAAAGAAUACCGGCGAUACACGGGAGUCCGCUGCUAUUACUCUCGUCAAGCAUUUUAUUCAGGAGAAGGCCAAUAUCCAUAUUUAUGAUCCGAAAGUAGAGGACGCGCAGAUUGAGAUGGAUCUGUGCGAACCGGGAAUCGCUACCCCCGAGCAAUACAAGAAAAGCGUGACCAUCUUCCACGAUCCCUACGAAGCCGCUAAAAAUGCAGAUGCUAUUGUCGUCCUGACCGAAUGGGACGAGUUCAAGACUCUGGAUUACCAAAGAGUUUACAAUAACAUGCACAAACCCGCCUUCAUCUUCGACGGACGCUUGUUCCUUGAUACCAAGAAACUGCAAAACAUUGGUUUUCAAGUGGAAGUCAUUGGCCGUCAAGUGUAACCGAGCAGUAUCUGUUUAAAUGUAGUAUAUCAUAAACCAAAGCUGUAAUUCUGUAGAUGGGGUCUUUAACUUAAUAGUCAAAAACGUAAAUAUUAUGCACUGUUCUUUGUGUCAAGUUU